GAUUUUUGAUCUGGCAAGUAAAGUGGACACCUAAAGGAGCUAAUUGUACAGACUGAUCCAGUUAAUCUUUGGAGGAUUAAAACCCUGUUCCUAGGAAGGAAGACGGCCUGAGUUCCAGACAUGACCCUUACAUUAUUCUGGAUACAUUUCAACGUCUGGCUGUAAUGUUGUCAUCCAAGAGCUCUAAUCAAUGGACUCUGUCCGAGCUUCUGGGCCAACGGAGGCGGCUCCUGGGCCUUGGAGCGCUGAUGGCCUGGUUGGUCCUCUUCCACCUCCUUGUGAACGUCUGGCUUCUCUGCAUCUUCACCAGUCUCCUUGUGGUUCUGGGGGGUUGGCUCGGAUCCCGAGCCAUUCUGGAUGCCAAUAGGCUUUUGCACUUGGAGCACUUCCUCCCUCUUGGUGGGGGGACGCCUCCUCUGUGCUCCGCCGAACACGAGUGGAGGCUCAACCAUGAGAUCCACAACGCCGUCCACAAAGCAGUGCGUGACUUUGUCUCCUCCUGGUAUCGCACUCUGCUGCCAGAGGUGGAGGGUGAGUUUGAGCGUGCGGUGCGUAACUCCAUGCUGGAGUCCGUGAUGGAGCUGAAGGAACGUGCGAGGCAAGUGGACAGAAAGGCUCUGGUCCAACGUCUUCUAGAGUUGUAUGGCUGCCACCUGCAGAGCUACAUGACAGCCAGACACGUGCAGCAGACACGUGGAAAGAAUGUUAGCCUUUGGCAGAUCUACCAGGAAAUAGAGAGACCCCAUCCAGCUGUGAGCGAUGCAGCUGCUGAGCUCAGCUAUGCAAGAGCUCUGGUGAACCUGGUCUUGCAUGUGCUUGUUCCGUACCCUCAGAUGGAAACCCGGACGGGAGGGUACAUGGUUACUGAACUCAUAACCUGCAAUGUGCUUCUGCCGCUCAUAAGCAGGGUGUCUGACCCCGACUGGCUCAACCAAACCAUUGUAGACAUCUUCAACAGGUCAAGAAAACCACAAGAUGGCGCCCUGUACCAAUGUCAGUUCCACCAAGAUUCCUGGACCACCUGCCAGUCGUUUUCCGAGCCAAGCCUGGCAAGUGAGAGCAGCUCUGAUUUCCGUGAGCUGUCCAGCCCAAUCAGUGAGGAGGACUCGUCAGAAUGCAGCAGUCUGACUUGUUCUGGGAAGGCUGAUACUUGCCACGCGGGUCUGCUCACACCGUGUAAGGUCAACUGUUGCUCCCUCACAUCUGGACAGUACUCUCACCUCCAAGUGCUCUCAGUGGACUCUCUGAUGCAGUCCGACUCAGAAGACGACAUGACUAGACGUUUGUGCGAAUGCGGCCCCUCACCCAACUUCUGCAACUCUGUGAAUGUAAAGGAUGACGUGGAUGAUUUUGGCUGCUUUGCUCCACUGAAAAAUCUCGGGCCUAAGAUGACGGUGCCUGUGGACGCCCACUGGCCUGCAGGGAUUGCUCAAGAAAAAUCCCCAGCCGGUUCUUCAAGAGGACUUUCCCUGGGCCCCUUGAACUUCGAUGUUCCAAACAAACCAGCCUCGUCAGUAAACAUCCAGAAUGUGCACAUCGCUGGAAUAGUCAGUGCAAAGGAUCAGCGUGGAAUUGGAGCACAUCCUCUCUACACAAUCACGUUUGAGACAGCGCCAUGCCCUGAACGCGCCGACCUCCUGCAGUCUUUGGCCUGUCACUCGGUCAACCGGAGAUACAGCGAGUUCCUCAACUUGCAGACUCGUUUAGAGGAGAACCCUGAAGUGAAGAAGUUCAUCAAGAAUGUAAAAGGCCCAAAGAAAAUGUUCCCUGACCUUCCAUUUGGGAACACAGAUGGUGAGAAGGUGGAAGCCCGUAAAGGUCAAUUGGAUACAUUCCUUAGGUUCUUUGUUUUACAGCAACUCAGCAGUAUUCCUGAGACGGCCAUGAGUGAGGACAUGCAGGAGUUCCUGGCUUUAAACUCUGAGGUUUGCACAUAUUUUGAAAGAAAGCCAUUUGGCAAGUCAAGAAUCGAUAAGAUGAUGGAAAAUGCUUUAGACACACUCAAGACUGCCUUUCCCCACCCAGAGGUCUUAAGUCCUACAGAGGACUCUGAGGGAGACUCUGAUGGCAGAACAAUGGACAGCAGAAAGUACAUGAGGCUCAUGUUCCCAAGUAAAGUGUCUCCAUCUCUCAAUACACCUGACUUACAUCCUAAAGUGACUUACAGCUUUAGUGACGGCAGCCCUGUGCUCAAUGGCAUGUCCUUGUCCAGGUUGGAGAGCUUUGUGCAGGAGCAGGAAAGACUUCUGAACGAGCCACAAGGCCGAGGGACAGCCAAGCAGAGUGCCGCCUCCACUGCGGACAAGAAGACACCCGGGAAAACUACAGACACAGCUGUGGCGGAUGUUGCUCUGAACAUCUUGUGUUUGUUGAUGAAGGACCAGUGGAGUUGGCUGUGCACUGAAAACAUCCAGAAGACCAUCAGACUCCUCUUUGGCACUUUUAUUGAGAGAUGGUUGGACGUAGGGGUGGCCCACCUCACCAGCGCCCCCUGCUGGGUCAUUUACCUCCAAGUGCUGCAGGAGGCCGUGUGGCCCGGAGGCACACUGCCCGCUCAACCGCAGCCUGAGCGCAGCGCCGCAGAACGAGGGGAAACCAAGGAGCGAUGCCUGGAAUGUCUAACGCAGCUACUUCCAGAGCUCAUCACUGACUUAUUAGGCAGUGAGAAGUACAGACUGAGUUUAGCGACCACGCUGGAGUCUUUGCAGGACCACCACAUUAACAAGCAUCUCCUUUACUGCCUCUGUGAGCUGCUUCUUGACUUUCUGAUACCCGAGUGGUGCGAUGAUUCCUUCCAGAGGUCUCUUAUGCAGAGUCUGUCCAAAGAUAAUCUCACAUGAGGGCCACACUACACCACAGCUGUCUCACAGCUGGACGUUGACGGCCAACAUGAUGGGCUCAUAACCUGGGCUGUCGGUUUAAAAACAAUGGCGCAACAGCCGCAAAGUUUCUUGCUCUAUUGUAUCGCCCAGAUCCACUAUCUAAUGAUGUCCUCAUUUAAAAUGCUGCCUUGCAAAGAUAAUAAGGCUCAGUCUUUGUCAUGAAAAUAUUUCUUCAAUAAUAACAACCUGGGAUAAGAAACACUUUGGCAUGUAUCAACAAAACACACAUGAAGAUGAUAAAAUAUUAGAUAGUUCUGAGAAAGAGUGAAGUUACCUACAUAAGUAUUGCGUGUUGUAUAUAUCAUACAUAUGCAGUGUUGGGACUAACGCGUUACAAAGUAACGUGUUACUGUAACGCCGUUAGUUUCGGCGGUAACUAGUAAUCUAACGCGUUAUUUUUUAUUUUCAGUAACUCAGUUACUGUUACUACAUGAUGCGUUACUGCGUUAUUUUACGUUAUUUUUUUAAUGUAGUAUCAGCUAGAAACAGAAGAUCUGAGUGUGUUUUAUUGGAGCGCUGCAGUGUAGUCCUUCUGAAUCUUCUUGUGUCACAAGCCGGAGGCGCGCUCUGUGUGUGUAAUAACAGUACUGAAAUGAAGGCUAAAAGGGCAUUAAUGGGAGCUUUUAAAAAAAAGAAGAAAAAAAAGAGUAAAUAAAUAGUUACUUUUCACAGUAACACAUUACUUUUUGGUGUAAGUAACUGAGUUAGUAACUGAGUUACUUUUGAAAUAAAGUAACUAGUAACUGUAACUACUUACUGGUUUUCAGUAACUAACCCAACACUGUACAUAUGUAUAAGUGACAGUACUGGACCAUCAUGUUUGAUGAUUUGUGUUGCUUAUUGGUUAUUUUCAGUUUGUUUUAAAUGUUGGUGAACAGCUUUGUGUCAAUGUCUGAUUGACAUUUUCUCAAAGAGUGCAAUUUCUGGACAUGUUUUCACUAACAUGUGCAUUUACAAACAAAUAGAGAAACAAGUGAAUAGUGAAUAAUGUAAUAAUGUUAUGAUGUGGGAGCCCAGCGUUCAAAUGUGUCAAUAAAGCCAACAGUGUGGUCAUCUUCCUAUUAGCGUUUGAUCUUUUCUUGCCAGAUGAUCUCUUUGAUGCAGCUCUAAUAGUGUGAAGUAUUACAACUUUACUUUGGCACCCACAGUAUUUAAUUAUCUCUUGAAGCCUGAAACUGUAUAAAAAUGUGCCUUUUAUAUCUGACUUGCAUGGUUAUUUCAAACGAAACGAGGAACAGAACAACCAGCAUAUAUGAAGUGUUUGCAUAUGGCAACAUAAAUCACUUUUGGGAGAUUUCUCCUUACCACAAAAUAUGAAGAAAGUAAAAAGAAAGGGAAACAAGUUCUUUCUGACACUAAA